UAUCGCUUCUCCUCACCAUAUUGACCAUAAACCAAUAUGGUUCUCUCUUUGCUCAAUGCGUCACUCACUAUCCCAUCUCCGACAACUUUAAUCUCUACGAACAGAUUCGGAAUCCCUUCUCGUUCUUCUCAAGGAAGGAAUUUUUCGAUGGUUUCGUGCCGCAGGGAACCGGAGCAUUCGAUAUACACAAAUUUUGGCCGCGAAUGUUCAUCCGUUCCCGCCAUUGAACCGAUUGUGCUUCAGAAAUCUGCGUUUAUUGUAGCUGCCUCUCUUUCUGUUGUUCUCUGGUCUAAUCCAGCUCAUGCUGGAUUCCUCUCGGGCUCCACCGGUAUAGAAUCAGUCCCCGGUCCACAGUUGCCUCAGAUGGAUUUCCUCACUCGUUUCAAUGAGGAAAAUCAGAAAAAGUAUGCAGAGAAUGACGCAAGAUUCAAAGAGUCUCCGAUCCUCAAGAAGCUGCUCGAGCAGUCAAAGUUAAACAAGGAGAAAAACAAACAAGCAACUCUUGACAAAUACUGCAUUCGAGGAGCUGAGUGGGGCGUUGGAGACUGCUCGGCUGAUGGCAUGUCACCGGAGGACAGGGAGAAAUUUAUUGCAAUGCUGAAGCAGAAGGCUGGGAUCGAAUGAAGGUUUUGAUUCAUGCAUUAGAUGCAGAGGUCUCACUCACAACAGCCACUAGACAAAGCUGGAUAGAUCCGAGCUUCGGAUCUUUGGAGAAAACGGGUAUGUUUUUCGACCAAGUUUACGAGUAGCAAAGUUGAUCUUUGGAGAGAGGAAGCGUGUAGAUUGUUUGGGAGAAGACUUGCUCUUGGAACACAGCAGCAUUCUGCUAGAGGGAUGAUUCGGAUACAUUUUGCUUUGCUCUGAAUUGAAUUCUAAUAGAUUUAUGUAGGCUACCCUCCUGAAAUGAAUAUUUUGGUGAAAUAAAUUUCAGUUUAAGACAAAAA